AUGAGGACAGAUGACGAACCUGAGAGACAAGUGAUGGGACCACCUUCCAUUACUUCCUCUUCUUCUCAGCGCCGUCCCCCCAAAAAGAAGGCUGCUACCCCUAAGGCGUCUGUUAAGGAUAGCGGCCGUCAUGUCGGAAUGUCCCUAUUCAGAAGGAGACAAAACAAUAACUCGGAUGAUGAAUACGAAGUCCACAGAGAUCCGUGCUUCUCCUCUCUACCGGAUCUCUCCCUGGUAGUAGACACGGAUCUUUCCAUCACAGAGAUCAAUGCUAGGGCAAUCGAACAGAUCAAGAGGGUAAAGCUGGUUUGUGCGAAAUCAAAAAACCUGAAAGGAACCAUGAUCAAAGAGGUUAAUCAGGCGACGAGCAACCUUGAAAAUCUCAUCAACAAGACCUUGACUACAACGGCGGAUGAUGAGAUACGAAGGCUUCGGGCGGACAAUAAGAGGAUGAAAUCGGAGCUGGAACAUCUCUCUAAUGAACUUAAGGCCAUAAAGAGAGAUAUGGCAAAGAAAGCGGUCAAUCCUAACCCUAACACUAUCAAUAUCCCGAAACGCGGUCAAAAGAAAGCCCCUCAGACGAUCGCUCAGGAGAUCACUCGGGAGAAUGACAUGGAAGUGGAUGAUAGCUCACUCAGAGCCUCGGUCGUUGAUGAGAUUAAAAAUGCGGUGAUUGAAACGAUAGCGGUUUACAUGAACGCGAGGUUUGAGGGCAUUGAAGAGCGGCUGUUACUACCUCAAACGAGACGCCCUCCCCUCUCCUCAGAUACUAGGAAUGCGGAUUCUCAGCUACCAUCGAAGCCCUCCCAGGCAGGAUCUUCAGGUAAUGGCUCGAAACAGAUGGGAAGCACAGCACCGAAGAAAGCCGUUCUGACUGAUGGUAAUAAAAAAGGCCCAAUGCCUAGAACUGGACCUUCAUCGACUGGACAAGAGAGGGUAGGGCCCAUUAAACAACAACAACAGGCCCCAUCAAACAACAAAAAAGGUAGAGGAAAGGGUAAACGUAAAACUAACAAACCUGCACCCCCACCAACACUCGCUCCUCUGAACGCUUCCCCCAAAAUCACAGAUCCUCCUGUUCGAGAGACAGAGGAAGUAACAGAAGAGCGCUCUUGGUCAAUGGUAGUUAAGAAGGGAGAGCAGCAACAGGAGGGAGAAAGCUCUUCCCAGAGCCAAACUGGAGAUGACUCGCAGGUGUUCACCAAACCUGCCAACCCCAACACAGCUGAAGUUCCCCCUAAGGAACAAAGACGGCGGAAUUCCAAUACAAUGAGACGUUCGUCCUCAUCAUCGUUGGAACACACAGAAGGAGACACAAAGGAGCCUAGAAAACGCUCCCCUAUCGGACGGGUAACACGCUCUACAUCCAGAGCUCGAAUGGAGGCAGGUACAGCGGCAAACAAAGAGGCAGAGUCGCCUGCUCGCAAGCACCUGUCGCAACUGCCUAGAUUGGAAGGUGGCUCAACCCCCUCUGUAAAUUCCUUAGGGAGGGUUAUUGACCCGCUACAUGUGUCGCAAGGGUUGAUGUAUAACACCAGCUCUAUUGGGAGUAACGCAGCCUCCCUGCACUCGAAUGAAGACAAAGGCUCUUCCUCCUCGAUCACAAAAGAAACUCCAGUUCUUUUGGGCAAAAGAGUAAGAGAGGAAGACUCGGACUCGAGCGCCAAGAGCGGGGAUAGCCAGGCGACAUUGGCGAAACACUCGUCAAAGAGACAGGCAACGGAUUCGGAUCAUCGAGCUUCGGCGAGCAGUUUGUUCGUCGCUCCGACCAAGACGCCAAUAAAUCUUUUCGGAGGACGAGGUCUCAGAUAUCGACUUCCUGGACGAACCAGCUCACCCGGUUCCUCGCCAUGCUAA